AAAAAAAAACCGAAAAAAAAACCGAAAGAGAGAGAGGGGGGAAGAGGAAGAGGAAGAGGGGGAGAGAGAGAGGGAGAGAGGAGAGAGACGGACGGAGAGGGUCAGUGGUGGUACUAGCAGCCGCACCAGGCCACCAGCUGCCUCGGAGAGCCCCCUCCCCCGCCGCCCCUGGCCUCCGGCCCGCUGCCGUUCCCACCCUCGCGCUUCCCCCCCAGCUGCUGCUCGCUCGCCGGCGGCUGGAGCCCACGGGUGGCAGGGCGGCCGCGCGCGCCCCGUCCUCCUCCGACGGAAGCCUCUAGAGCGUCCCCCAGCUGCUGAUAGCGUGAUCUACUGAUCUCAUUGCUGCCCUGUUUUGCUGGCGGCGAGCAGAUGUAAUAAUGGACAACCUUGGGCAUAGAGAAAAUGGAAGGCAAAGGCCUGACCAAUUUAAAGCAGUUCAUACUCAGUGGAUGAUGCCUCAGCUAAAAGACCAUCAUAGUAUGAAUCUCCUAGCACUCAUGAAUGAGAAGGACAGUGCCAUCCGAGAAAGGGACCAUGCUCUUGCUGAGAAGAAAGCUGCUAUAGCUGAGCGAGACAUGGCGUUUGCUCAGCGGGAUGCUGCAAUGGCUGAACGGAAUGCUGCAAUUGUAGAAAGAGACAAUGCCCUUGCUGCACUGGAACUUGCCCGUACAAAUGGGUUCAAUACGAAUAAUGGAAAUGGAUUUCACCAACACCAAGGACCUCCUCUCCAUGGUACAAAGAAUAUCCACCACCAUGACCAGCUAUCUCAUGUACAAUCAUCGCCAUUGCAGCUGGCUGAUUCUCCAUAUGACCAUGCCAGAGAAAUGCACAUAUCAGAAGCAUACCCUAUCGCAACAGCUCCGGGAUGUAUUGGGAAAGGGAAGAAGCCAAGGAAGAAUAAUACACAGGCUUCUCCAUUGAAGAGGCCAUCAGGUGUGCUCCGGAAAACCAAGAAAGCAGCCAGUGAGUGGAAGAAUAGGGGGAUGUCUGGUGGAGGUGAAGAUUCAACUCGUGCUUCUGUGAUGAAGAACGAGUGGAAGGACCAAGAUCUUGGCCUGAACCAGGUCCCAUUCGAUGAGUCAACCAUGCCCGCACCCGCCUGCUCGUGCACAGGGGAGCUUCGGCAAUGCUACAAGUGGGGAAAUGGCGGGUGGCAGUCGUCGUGCUGCACCAUGAGCAUGUCCAUGUACCCACUUCCUGUGAUGCCCAACAGGCGCCACGCCCGCAUGGGGGGAAGGAAGAUGAGUGGCAGUGCGUUCACAAAGCUGCUCAGCCGGCUGGCAGCUGAAGGCCAUGAUCUCUCGACACCAGUGGACCUCAAGGACCACUGGGCCAAGCAUGGCACAAACCGGUAUAUCACCAUCCGGUAGCACCAGCGGUCAUUGUUGUAUCUGCCAUUCAAGCUGAAAAGGGAGAUGGUGCGAAAGUUGCUUCUCCUGCAUCCCUGGAGCAGCCUUACUGGUGCCAUAUUUUGUAAUGUCAUUGGUUUCUAGAGGAUGUGGGUAGACAUUUGUGUUCACAUGGCUGUAGGUUCUCCCCUUUCAGAACUGUUAAUUGUGCUCGUGGCGCAGAAAUGCUGCAGCCCACGAAAAUGCAAGUGUAAUUGUAGUUCCCAGGUAUUCACCGUGAGAUCAUUGUAUAGCUGUGAUAUCUGGUUUCAACUAGUAUUUGUGGAAGGUGGACUAUAAUUAGCUUCAGUACCAUGGCACAGUCCUACUUUCACGCCAUUUGGUGAUAGAUCUAAAUCAUCUUGUCCA